CAUCGAAUCGCAGUACAGUGGAGAACAAUUGAGUUCUCUGGCGCAUCUUUUUAUUGGGACGUGACAGCUCGGAAAUGAAGCUAUUUUGUGCCGUUUUGGUUAUUUACGUUGUGGCUUUGAUGCUGUUCGGUGCCGAGGGACACGGCGAUGAGGAACCCAAACACACGGACCUCUUUCAGCGGGCAAGACGCCAUGCCCGCGACCUGAACCACGAGGUGGCCAAUGAGGAGCACCCACCGCCGCCCAAGGAGUUCAGGUCCCGUCGUGCUGUGGCCAAUGAGGAGCACCCACCACCACCGCCGCCCAAGCAGUUCAGGUCCCGUCGUGCUGUGGCCAAUGAGCAGCCGCCACCGCCGCCCAAGCAGUUCAGGCAACGCCGUCAGGCUCCACCUGGACUUCCGCCACCACCCGGUGGUAUGCCCGAGGGUAUACCAGCACCGCCGAUGUAACGGUGCAGCCGAUAUAUAUACGGAUAUGUAAGCAUGUAGUUGGGCGUUUUAGCAUGUCAAUGGGAACCACAUCGAGGGGCAGAGAGAAAAACCAAGCGAACAAUAAAACAGUUUCAAGCA